AAAACAUAAUGAAUUGCUGUUUUUUCCCCUCUAUAGGUCUGUAUGGUGAUAUGAAUCUAUCAGCCUUUCAAUGCAACGACGACAAGAAAUCAUGCAUCAUUGGUUGUAAGCAUGUAUUGGUGUCUGUUUCUGUCUCUAUCUCUCCAUCUAUCUACCCUCUAUCUAUCUCACUCGGUCCACCUUAAGUGCAGCUUGAGCAGGCUGUGUGUUUGUGUUGAAGCCAACAGGCACAAUAUAUUACAGUCUAGGGCUCACUGCUGAAAAGCCUGCUGGAUCUUCCAGUGACCUGCUGUUCUUUCCUGCUUUCCUGUGUGUUUUUUUCCUUCCUCUCUAGAUUUAGAUUAAAAACAAAGCCUGUUCCUCCUUCUCCUUGCCUUUUUAGACCUCGGCAAAGAAGCCCUGCAGUUUUGAGGUACUGUUACAAGGUUGGAAGACUCGAAUGGAGAUACGUGUUUGUUUUUGUAGCUUGUUGGGGACAUUUGCAGAAGGACAAGACCGAGGACAGCUGGACGUGAUUCUUCGGAAUUCCCUGCUCCUCCUGCUCUCCUGAUCUGUCGGACUGAGAGCCGGACAGUAACGGAGUGGGACGUCAGGGAAUUCUAGGGGGGAAAUCCAGUCCAAGUGUGAGUAAGGGGAUCUGUUUUUGGAAGACCCACUCGUCGGAUGCACUGACAGCCUUCUGCGGCUCGGAAAGAACAGAGCCGGGUUCCCGAGCUCGAUCCAGGGCUCUGUCCCCUGGUGGAGGGGGUACACAGGAGUACAGAGGGUCAGCGCGUUGGCCGUCAAACCCAUAGCCGGCAUCCCUCCGGUGACCAUGUACCCGCAGGGUAGACACCCGGUACCUCUGCAGCCGGGACAGUCAUUCAAGUUCACGGUGCUGGAGACUCUGGACCGCAUUAAAGAGGAGUUCCAGUUCCUCCAGGCUCAGUACCACAGUCUCAAAAUCGAGUGUGAGAAGUUGGCCAGCGAGAAGACAGAGAUGCAGCGCCACUAUAUCAUGUACUAUGAGAUGUCCUACGGGCUUAACAUUGAGAUGCACAAACAGGCGGAGAUCGUGAAGCGACUCAGUGCUAUCUGUGCUCAAAUCAUCCCUUUCCUCUCUCAGGAGCAUCAACAGCAGGUUGUUCAGGCGGUGGAACGAGCCAAACAGGUCACCAUGGCGGAGCUCAACGCCAUCAUAGGGCAGCAGCAGCUCCAGCACCUGUCUCACCACACUCCAGGUAUUCCUCUCACUCCUCACCCUUCAGGUCUGUCUCUGGGCGGCACAUCAGGGCUGCUGGCCCUCACCGGGGCUCUGGGGGUCUCCGCCCACCUGGCCAACAAGGACGAACGCAACCAUCUAGACCCCGAGCACCUGCGAGAGGGUGCACCCAGCAGGAGUAAAUCCGUGUCGUCCACUGACAGUCAGGCAGCGGAGGACCGUCAGGGUCCAUCAGGGGUGUAUCCCUCACAGGCCAGCAGUGAUGCCAAACGGAGACGGUGUGAGGAAAAAGACGUCCUCCCGUCUCACUACGACAGUGACGGAGACAAGAGCGAGGACAAUCUUGUAGUUGAUGUCUCAAAUGAGGAUCCAUCGUCUCCUGUAGGCAGUGGCCCUCUGUCUCCACGUGGGAAUGGUUUGGAUCGAGCCCCGACCCUGAGGAAAGAGCUCCCAGGAUCCCCUAGCCCCCCUCCGGCCUCCCCCCCACACAGCCCACCCCCUGGCAAAAACAAGGACACGGCACAAACAGAAAAAUCUCAGUCGCCCUCCUCUAAAUCAGGCAAUUCCUCUCCCUCUCACCAUGACCCCCUCACCCCUGGUCCACCGGGGCCCAGCACUUCCUGUUUACGCCUGGUCAACAAACCUUCCUCCUCGGCAGACCCUCUGGCUCUGCGGAGUCCCUUGUCCAUGACGCCUGCUUCUUACCCGGCUCACUUUGGGGUGGUGUCCCACGCUGGGCUUAACGGAGAGCUGGCCAGCCCGGGCGGCUUCGGAGGCUCGCUCACCCUCUCGCCCCAAAUCAGUGCUGCAGCCAGCGCCUACACACGCAGCCCUAUGGUAGCGUACGAAUCUCGGUCACAUCUUAGGCCCUCAGGGCUGUCCUCCUCUCUGCCCGGCUCCUCUGGUGGCAAGCCUGCUUACUCGUUCCACGUGAGCGCAGACGGUCAAAUGCAGCCGGUGCCCUUCCCUCCUGACGCCCUCCUCGGGCCUGGCAUCCCACGUCACGCCCGUCAGAUCCACACCCUCAGUCAUGGAGAGGUGGUGUGCGCGGUCACCAUCAGCACCUCCACGCGUCACGUCUACACCGGAGGGAAAGGCUGCGUCAAAGUGUGGGACAUCAGCCAACCGGGCAGCAAGAGUCCAAUGGCCCAACUGGACUGUUUGAAUCGAGACAACUACAUCAGAUCAUGUAAGAUUCUCCCAGAUGGGCGGACUCUGAUAGUCGGGGGCGAGGCCAGCACGCUGUCAAUCUGGGACUUGGCCACGCCCACUCCACGCAUCAAAGCCGAAUUGACGUCCUCGGCUCCGGCCUGCUACGCUCUUGCCAUCAGUCCCGACAACAAGGUCUGCUUCUCCUGCUGCAGCGACGGAAACAUCGUGGUCUGGGACCUGCACAACCAGACGCUCGUCAGGCAGUUCCAAGGUCACACGGAUGGAGCCAGUUGUAUCGAUAUUUCCAAUGACGGGACCAAACUGUGGACCGGGGGUCUGGACAACACCGUGCGCUGCUGGGACCUGAGAGAGGGUCGACAGCUGCAGCAGCAUGACUUCACCUCACAGAUCUUUUCUCUGGGUUACUGUCCUACGGGCGAGUGGCUUGCAGUGGGGAUGGAGAGCAGUAAUGUAGAAGUGCUGCACGUCUCCAAACCAGACAAAUACCAGUUGCACCUUCACGAAAGCUGCGUUCUCUCGCUCAAGUUUGCCUACUGCGGUAAGUGGUUUGUAAGCACGGGAAAGGACAAUCUGCUCAAUGCAUGGAGGACGCCGUAUGGAGCCAGUAUUUUCCAGUCAAAGGAGUCCUCAUCCGUCCUGAGCUGUGACGUGUCCCCAGACGACAAAUAUAUUGUAACUGGUUCUGGGGAUAAGAAAGCCACGGUGUAUGAGGUGGUGUAUUGAACACAAAGAUGGACAGAUGGAUGGAUGAACAUACAGCGCCAAGCAUGAAACAAUCAUGGAUGGCAUGGCGGGCAAACAUAGCUCUUCUAUUUGCAGUCCUUUCACAAACCAUUUGAGAAAUAGAAAGUUUUGUUCAGAAUGGCAUACUAUUCAUACUAUGUAUGUUAUCGGUAUACUGUGCACAGUACUGAUUACAUGUUAUCUGGAUUACCUAAUCAGAUUCCAAAAAUAAAUUACUCAUAAUUUAAAUUAUAUUUUAAAAUGCUCAGAAAAUCAGAUUAGAGUUACUUUAAAGAUUACUUGAUUACACAUUAAGCAUGCAAUGGCAGCAAACUGUACAAAAUUCUUUUUUUUAAAGUUUCAUAAAAAGUAUUCAUAAUAUAUUAACUAAAAUAAGUAACCUAGAUUACACUCCUAAAUACAAUUUUCAUCAUAAUCUGUAAUCAGUAAUUUGUAAGUAAUCAACCCAGCACUGCAUGCUUCUUUUUAACAAAUUUUAUCGCAAGUAAUACAUUUUUUUUUCUUUUAAAUUAUCACAAUACUGAAAAAAAAUACUAGUUGCUGCUUCUGUAACUUCAUGACUUUAACACUAAUGGACGAUUAAUUAGCAAGACAUUUUUUGUAACAUUAUUGGACAACAACUUUGGACCAAAAAUGUAAAUCAACAAAGUGAUCAGCUCUCGCCAAAUUAAAUGUGCAAUAAUGUAGUGUAGCGUAUAUAUAUAUUAACAUCCUACUGUUCUUAUUUUACAUCCUAUGCUUUCAGAUAUUUUUUUUGGUUGCACUUUAUGUUACAGUACGUGUACUAACAUGUACUUAUACAGUGUAUUUAUUUAAGAAAGUUCUGGUAAUACAAUGUAACUAGGUUCAGGGUUAGUACCUAGUUAUUACAUAGUUAUUGAAAUUACUAUAAUAAGUACAUAGUAUGUACAUGAGGAACAGGACUGUAAAGUAAAGUGCUACCUUUUUUUAAUAGUAUGUAGUACACAGUAUAUACUGUCUAGUAUGCAGUAUGCUAGUAUUCCAUUACGAACAUAGUGAGUAAGUGGGGAGGUUUUAAUUAGAACCGUCUCCAAGCUAAAAAAGGAAGCCCCACAGACAGCAGGUAUUUAGGGAGCUUCUACUUACAGAAACACCAAAACCAGACAAUCAUUUCAUUAGUCGCUAACUCUCUCCAUAAAGCGAGCACAGCAUCUUCCCUCCAAAGAGCAAAGAGUUUGGAUGCUCCUGGCUCACGUUGAAGCAUCUCCGGAUGAACAUGAUAUGGGCGUACAAACAAUUCUCCACUCGCCUAUCCAACCCAAUUAGACAUUCAUGUGGCAAAUCCCAGUCGAAUUCUCCAACCUGCAUUUAAUUUCCUCCUUCCACAAGUCAGUGUCUAAUGAGGAGCAAGGGUAAAUCAUGCAGGAUUCGUGCGGCAAAUAUUCAUAACCACGACCGUUCUGUUUUAAUUCCUGUGGAUUAUCAUACAGAUGUUGUGCUCAUUUGUGGUUUAAUGCUCAUUUUCAUGUUAUUAAUUAUCUUUUAGCAGCUUUGCAUGGGGAAAUCUUUUCAUGAUCGUUCUCCUUCAGUAAGAUGAGGCAAAUACCUAAAUAGUCAAAACUGGUAUAUGGUCUUUCGUCAAAUAUUGUAAGAAUUAUGAAAACGUAUAAAGUAAUGUGAUGUUUAACGCAGUACAACUAAUUACAAAAAUAGGUUCCAAAAAAUAAAUAAUGUAAUUAAUCAACACAGCAUGGAAUGGAAUGCAGUAGUCUUUAUGAAGAUAAGAUUAUUUUAAUUUGAGGAUUGCAAAUAUUGCAAUAUUAGUAUCAGCAAAUAAUUGAUAAGGGAUGUCAUGCAAUUAAAUGCAUUUUUUAUUAAUUGAAAUCCCUGAAUGUACAUUUUCACAAGGUAAAUGAGAGAAAUGCUUGAGAGGUCCUAUCACAGAGCCUUGAUGCACACCAUAAAUAAGAAGAGCUGUGGUUGCCAACCUGACCAGGAUUGUUCAAGGAGAGACACUACAGGAUUCAUCUAUCACAUUCACCAAACAUCCUGCUGGGAACAGAUUUUUUUUAGUUUUUUUUAUUACAGUUUUGUUCAUUCUUCUUUUGAUCUAUAAAGCUUUUCUCAGCACUCAGAAAAUGGUUGAAUUAGUCAAACCAUUUUUGUUUGUGAACAGAAGAAAUUGUAUCAGGUUCUUUCUCUUUUGUAUGGCAUUAGUAAGCAGUGUCACUAUAGUGUUUUGAUCAGUCUGUUUAUUAUGCAGAAAGUGCAGUGUUUUCUUUUUUCUUUUUCGAAUAGUUGAAAAUAUGGCUGCCUGCAAACAGUGGCAUUUGUCCGUUUGAAGACAGACCGGCUCUGCUGCACGAAAUGUCUUUGACAUUAUGCUAUCUUAAUAUCUGUAUCUAUCUAUCCUUAUAUAACGCAUUGUUUGUAUACUGAGAACAAUGUUCACCGUCACGAUUUUGUUAAAGACGCUGUCUCUUGAAAGCCAAGGAACUUUUUCGAAGGCAUUGCUGUGAUAUCCCUGUAGCACUUCCCAUGUGAUGUAAAAGACAUGUGUACAUUGACAAAUUAAACUUGUGGUCAUGUUUUGAA